AUGGCUGAAGCCUCAUAUAAGCUUCAGGUAAAAAUUUUAAAUACUUUUUUCCUCAAAACAAGGAUUUUGUCCCUCUUCACUUACAUUGUAAGCGCAUUUAAAGGGGACAUUUUAAUGGCCAGAACAAACUGGAGGAAAGAUUACAGCAAGCAAAAAUUGUUUCAGUGUUCAUAUGGGCACCUGACUGUUGUUUUAAAACAGACUUGAAAAAUUGUUAACUUAUCUAAAUGAUGAGAAUUUGAAUUAUUUCAGACCAGUGCAGCAACACAAUACAUCUGACAAAGUAGAAUAAAUAAUUGGCUAAUGCUGUUGAGAGGGAACUGAACCACUCUUACUUCCAUUAUAACCUUGUCCCAGCCCCUUGACCCCGAACAAUAAUGAUGGUCGCAUUGUAAAGGUAAUCCUAUCAGUGUCCUUUACAAGCACCUGCAUCCGGCUGGAGAUUCAUGUCUAGGGGUUAAAGUAGCCUCUGUAAAGCCUGUCUGUUGUCUUGUCUGUGUGGGAGGAGUCCAACACUCAGGGAUUACAGGGUGACAUAUUCUGGAUUAUACAACAGGAGACAAUACCAUAGCAGAGGGACAGAGCUGGGGACAAAGAGCAGUGGCACUACAGCAGCAUCUGGACACGCAGUUGGUUUUCUGAGGAAUAUUUUCCUGAUGCAUACAGAUGCUUUUGAAUUCACAUCAUGCAGCUCAUGUCUUUUCAGGUUACUCUUUUCCUUCAGUUUUUGGUUUGUGGAAAUUAGUUUUCUCUGUAAUUUACCACCUUCUUGUUUUUUAAACUUCUCAAGAACUCAUAUAACAAAGAAAAACAGAGUUUCUUCCAGUGCCUGGGAUAGGAAUCAUGUAUUUGAACAACAGAAAUAAUGCCAUCAACACAGAAAGGAGUAAGAAGAACGUAAAAGGGAAAACAUGGGCUCAGCUGAAAUCAACUCCACAUCAGGAAUUCAUCACCCUGACUUCUCCAAAAGUUAGGGAAAGGAAUAAAAAUGUGGAGACAAAGGAGAACAUGACGGAGGAGCAGGAGGCGAUGCAGCGUACCACGUUUGGGAAGGCCCUCUAUGAUCUGAGCCAUUCAGAGAAGGUGAUGAAUGAUCUGAUAUUUGGACGGCGGGUUGGGCUCUACGAGCUGAGAGGGGAGAUCGGCUCCGGCAACUUCUCCCAGGUUAGAUUGGGAAUACAUGACCUGACCAAAGAGAGAGUGGCAGUUAAAAUCCUGGAUAAGGUGCGUCUGAACAAGCAAUCACAGGCACUUUUUGCCUCUGAAAUAUCUUGCAUGGAGAAGCUUGCCCACCCCAACAUAGUGCGUCUGUAUGAGGUGGUGGAGACGUUCAAGAGGCUCUAUCUGGUGAUGGAGUAUGCCAGUGGGGGAGAGCUGUUCUGUCGGAUCAGCACCAGGGGGCGCCUCUCUGACCUGGAGAGCAAGCUUGUGUUUUCUCAGGUCUUGUCUGCAGUCAAACACAUGCAUGAUAGUAAUAUCGUCCACAGGGACCUGAAAGCAGAGAAUGUCUUCUACACCAGCACCUACUGCAUUAAAGUGGGUGACUUUGGUUUCAGCACAUUCUGCUGCCAACCUAACGAUGUCCUUCACACUUCCUGUGGCUCUCCACCUUACGCAGCCCCCGAGCUGUUCAAAGAGAAAGGCUACAUCGGUCAAUAUGCAGAUAUUUGGGCUCUGGGUAUCUUACUUUACUUCAUGGUGACUGCCACUAUGCCAUUCAAAGCUACCAACACAGGCAGGCUUAAGUGUUGUAUCCUGCAGGGUUCCUAUGCCAUUCCCUCUUAUGUACCCGCAUCCUGCCAGGAGAUCAUUAAAGGCCUCCUGAGGCCCGUGCCUGUGGAUCGCCUCACUGUGAAACAGAUCAUGGCCAGUGACUGGAUGAGAGGCAUUGAGUACCCUCAGGCCUACCCUACUUGUAGCACUACACCCUCCCACCUGGCCGAGCCCUCCUACAACCUCAGCUCAGAUGAACUAAAUGUUAAGGCAGCUUUGGAGGAUCUUGGUAUCACAAAGGUCCAUCUCAUCAACAAUGGCUUAGAUUUGAGAAGCCCCGUUACUGGGGCUUACCGGAUUUUGUUACAUCGCAUCCAGAAGAGAAGGUCUGUGGAAGCUGUGGGCUACAAUCAGACGUGCACCAAAGAGUCCCAGAACAGACUCAGAUGGAGAGCAGGCUCAGAUGGCCUGCUGAAUAAACGCCACUCUGUGGUCUGUAUCAUUAUGUAGUUUUUUUCUUAACAGAAUUAGAUCAUAUAUUUUUGCCUUCUUUCCGAGAAUUAAAUGAGAACAUUGGUGCAACUGUCAGACAUGAGAUUUAUGUUGGUCUCCUCAUCCAACUCUUAGAAUAAACAAAGCAAAUAAGCAUUUGCAAAAUGUCAAACUGUAAUGUCAAACAAAAUGUAAAUUAUUCCUUUAAUAGUAUUCCUAUUGUUGUAGCAAAGCUAAAAAGGGCAGACCUUGGCUUCAGAUUUGACUUUGUCUAUGAAUACAUGCUCUCAUAUUACUGGAAGUCACUGUGGAUAAAAGUAUAGACCUAGUGGCAGAUUCUGUGACCAGACUUGGCACUCUUCUGUCCACUAGCAUAACAUCUAAAGUUUUUAUAGUGUGAGCUACAUUUAAACUAACUGAGCAUGAAAGAAAUUUCACAUGGGGGCUGAAAAAGAAGAAAUGAUCCCUCUUCCAGUAAGGCAACAGGAACAUGACAAUAACAAAACCACAUCCAUUUUUUUUUAAAUAAAUGAGUGAAAUGUCAAAGAAAAGUGAGCAAUAGCAACGGCCAGAAAGGAUCGAUUUCAUUUCAGUUUUCUUUCCAGAUCCAGAUUUCUUUGAUAUUCAAGAGCUUGGACUUGUGAAACAUUUCAAUCACAUUUCCAUGACUUUUCCGGGUUAUUAAUGUGUUUUUGAGAUACUGAUAUCCUUUUCUUCCUUGUUAUUUAUACUCCAUAAUAAUUUUUCGAUGAGAAACAGGAAAAAACUUAAUAAUAGACUUAUUAAUAGAAAUAAUCAAACAAAUAAAUUAGCAGGCCAAUAGGUUACAGGCUAUUUGUUUAAAAGGAAAGACAGGGUUAAUAACGUGGGCUUAACAAUGUGUAACUGCCCCAGAAAUUACAUACUGACCUUAUAUUUAAAGGAGGAUGAGGAGUCAGUAAAUGAUGAAAUUAGGUUGUUUUUUUAUUUCUGUAAAACUAAAAGGGACUCUCUAUUUCUGAACUUUCAACUCUUGUAUCUCCUUGUGUUUCAUACUGUGUGUAUCUUUCAUUAUAUUAAAAUAGUUGAAACAGUAUGUGUAUUUGUGUAAUUGUAGUGAUAUUUAUUUUUAAAGCAUCUCAAGAGGCUUCCUGAAUCAGUUCACAGAUUUCACUUAGCCUGCAAUAGAAAAUUGACCUUUACUGAUAAAGAAUAGACAAUUAUUAAAUCACUACAUUUAUGGUGCUGCAAAAUUGAUGUGUCAUAUAUUUAAAUAAUGUUGACAGGCAAACAAUAAUUUACAAUC